GGUUAGAGUCCGCGUGCACUUCAGAGGACGCGCAAAGAACUUAAACAUGUACGCUGUAGUGCUCGCGGCAGUGUUCGGAGUGGUGGGCGUGUUCUCGGCUCAGCAAGUGUGUCGUUCAGGACAGUACACCACCAGCGGCGAGUGCUGCAAACAGUGCCCGCCGGGCGAGGGCGUGGUCAAGCCGUGUGGAGAGACGCAAACAGUGUGUCAGCCGUGCCUCGACAGUGAGACGUUCUCGGAGAUCUUCAGCCACACAGCAAAAUGCAGGAAAUGCACAGAGUGCACUGGGCUGUUACGUAUGGAGACGCCAUGCACGGAUGCCAACGACGCCACCUGCGUGUGCGACUAUGGCUACUUCAUGUCACCCAUAACGGGGCAGUGCCAGGCGUGCACGGCGUGUCCAUUGGGCAGCGGCGUGCUGAGGCGCUGUGCCCUCGAGCAGGACACCAUAUGUGAGAUGUGCAUGGACGACACAUACUCAGACCAGGAGAGCGAGCUCAACCUGUGCCUGCCGUGCACCAUCUGCGAGGAUACGGAGGAGCUCCUGCACUGCACCGCCGUCAGCGACACCGUGUGCCAAGACUCGAACCUUCUGAAUUCUUCAAGCACACCACUGUCCUCUCUGGAGCCAUCAGAGCCUCUGUUCAACUUCACCACCUUUCCAUCGGAAUACCUGCCAGAACCCAUGGAGAACAUGCCCACCACUGGUCCUGAACCCAAGACACUGGGCCUGGGUGAUAAUCUCAUUCCCCUGUACGCCUCCAUUGUACCUGCUGUGCUGCUCGGCCUCUUUGCCUUCAUUGUCAUCAAAAGGUGGAAGAGCUGCAAACACAACAAACAAGACGGUAGUAAUCGAUCGGGCAUGGAGAACCCGAGCCAGACGCCGUCACCGGAGGGAGAAAAACUGCACAGCGACAGUGGCAUCUCUGUAGAUAGCCAGAGUUUACAGGAGGGACAAGGCCUGGCACAAACAGUGGUGAAGAUCGACGAAGGCUUGAGUUUGCCCCUGCAUGCUAGCAAAGAGCUGGAGAAGCUCCUGGAUGAUGCGGCCCCGCUGGAAAACGACUGGUCCAGCCUGGCCGGCUUGCUCGGGUACGAAGAAGAGCGCAUUGCCUCUUUCGGCCAGGAGGAGAGGCCAGUCCGAGCGCUGCUGAGUGACUGGGCGAGCCGUGACUCUGCCAGCGUCGACGCGCUGUGCGCUGCACUGAGGAAAAUCAACCGGGAAGAUCUCGCACAGAGCAUCAUGCCCAAGUCCACGGCUACCUCCGUCGUGUGAUGAUACACACACUUCUGCUCAUCAAGCCAUAGCUCCUGCUUACACAACACAACCACACGCUAAACUAAUGUAUUACACGGUCUGGUCAUGCUCAUUUCAAAUGUUAACGCCAUCAAGCCUAAACGUCAGGUUGUCAGGUUUCGCAUGUACCUUUCGUUUAGAACCAGCAAGCCGACAUGCAUCAUUAGCACCACCCAAGCCUCUGCGUUCACACAGCAACGAUGCACCGAAUUUAAUUGUUUCUC